AUGACUACCCUGGAGAAUGUUCCUCGACUGCAGGCAUUUGUCAAAGAGGGCAUUCGGUGGGCCGGUGCUGCAGCAGCAAUGCUUCCUAGGAUUGUGCCGCCCGGAGGAAUUGAGCUACAUGGUACAUUUAUCCCAGAAGGGAUAGUGCUUACAUCUUCACCUAUCUGGUAUCUACACGACACGAAGGCAUAUCCGAGUCCUAGGUUUUUCGAUCCAUAUAGAUGGUUGUCUCGAGACGGAAAGUCUUUGACUCAAGACAGCCUUCGUGAUCGCUUCUACAUACCAUUUUCGCGAGGUGAAAAUAUCUGUUUAGGAGCCCAUUUCUCGCACCUGGAACUAUAUGUCUCUCUAUCUCAAUUUGUGCACAACUUUCGUUUUGAGCUACGAAACCUGUCGCAACCUAUUGUCGACAACGAGAGCUGGAACUUGGUUCCUCUACCUGAACGUAAAGAAUGGGUUGCAGCAGUAUUAGUAGAAAGUCUUCAAGUUGUUGUACUAUUGUGUUGA